AUGCCCUCUACAGCAUCAACCGAGACUGCCAGCAGCAGUGGUGCUAGUCUAACCCCUGCUUCCGCUGCUGUUGUUGCCGGUUCUAUCAAGGACGGGUCGGUUGGAGGGUCGGACGCCUCGACGGUGGACUCUUCUGUCUCGUCAUCGGCAUCAGUAUCAUCGGGUUCUUCCAUGACGUCCGUUUCUCCUUCAUCUGUGACAGAACAUUCACAUUCAUAUUCAGAGAUGGAUUCCACAGUGUCAGGGGGAGAAUUGAGGGAUAGUGAUAGUAGAAGGCGCGAGAAGGAGGAGGGUAGAAAGGCGUUGUCUAUUGACGGAGUAGUUACAGGAUCCUUGACACCACAAACACAACAGCCCUCUUCUUCUUCGAAGUCUUCUUCGCAGCAGUACCUGGCUCAUGCCACCACCACCAUCGCCGAAUACCAACAACAGCAACAACAGCAGCAGGAAGAUCAAGUUGCUCAGGAUCAGCAGAAUCCUUUGGAGUUAUGCCGCAAAGGCCUUCCACCCACCAGCACCGAUCACAUCCACCUCCAUCCUAAUCAGGAAGAACAACACCUAUACCUCGGCCCGAGGGUCUGCAAAAUGGUCAUGAAGCACUCGUCCGUGAAACUGGACUGGAAGGUUCCAGAACCGAUCAAGGCCGGAGGGGAGGUGUUGAGAGGGGUGCUGGUCAUUACUGCGAAGGAACUACUUGAGAACGAAGUCAAGGCUGCUGUCAAGAGUAAGAGCAGAAGUGGAGGAGGGGGAAAGAAGGGGAAGGGAGGGGGGAAGAAGAAGAAGGUGAAGCAGGAUCGGGCUGUGUGGGUUGAGCAUAUUGAGAUUGAUUUGACUGGACUUGAAGUCCUACCGAUCGAGGAACUCAAAUGCAUCCUCGACACCUCCUCCUUCUCCUCUUCGUUCUCUUCCUCUUCCACCUCAGCAUCCUCUUCAACCUCACACACGGCCACUUCGUCAUCACAGUUGGGAUCUUCAUCGACCUGCGGCCCUAUCCCGCGCAGGUCAUCAUCCCUAAUGCACUCUUCCUCAUCCCUGGCAGAGACUGACCUGCCACAACCCGGGAGACUCCCCCCGGGGACGCAGCAAGGAAUCAGUUUCCAGAUGCGGAUUCCUGAACGUGUUGGGGGUACUUAUCGCAAUGCGCAUGCCUCUAUCAGCUACCAGCUUACCGCGAAUGUGCAUAUCCGUCGUGGGAAGGAGAUGUUUGUCCUGCAACAUCCUUUACCCUUAUCACUUUUCGAACUCGUCCAGAUCCGUGCCGCUACAAAGAUCACGUCCCCGCAUGACCUCAACCCGUCCACCUCCAUCAACAACAAGGCUAUGAUCACCACCACCGCGUCUGCAUCCUCAUCCAUCACAUCUGGAACCUCUUCUGUCUCCUCUGCAGCUGCAGCUGGAGGAGUGAAGCGUCAAGCGGGGGUUAGGUUCGUCAUCCCAAAAGCGAACUCCGUCCUAGGCACCGCUGCCGUGAAGCCGUACAGUCUCUGGGGUUUGGGACCUGCUACCUCCUCGUCAUCCUCCUCCAGUCAUCACGGGCAUGGGCACCAUGGACAUAAUUACCGGCGGCAGUCGUCACAUCAGAGACGAGGUUCGCUAAGUGCCCCACCGCCUUCGUCGGCGGCGUCGAGUGUUGGUGGGUCGACUUCUUUGUCGGCGCAUCAGGCAGGGCCGGGUAUGACGCGGUCGUAUUCAGAUAUUGGCGCGUUGUCGAGCCGUUCUAUGGUGGAUUUGGUUUGUGCGUCUGGGGCUGGGAGUUUGAGUGGUGAUGCGUCAGUGUCUGUGAAGAAGGCGCGCUUUGACCCAGACGAGAUGCUCUCUGCCGAAGACCAGUACCGCUCCCGCCAAGUCAAACAACAACAACAACAACAGUACCAACAGGAACUCGACCUCCAACAACAGGGCAGCACCGGAGGGUCGCGUCCGAAAUUGGGAUCUCGCAAGGGCAGCACCGACGAGCUGGACGAAGUCGGGUUUGGAGCCAACAUCGACAAAUCCGUCGCCGCCGCCGGGGAGAAUGUGACGAUGGACAUGUUUGUGGUCAAGUCGGAUAUGAUGAAGGUUGUGGAUAUUAAGGUCUCCCUUGUAGAGACGAUCCAGAUUUUCUCGUUGUUGGAUUAUUAUGGUGCUUGUGAUGUCGUUUCGCCUAUCGCUGGGCGGGCGCAUGUCUUUGACAACAACACCCACCAGCAUUCCGGCGCAGCGGCAGAGGCAGGGUCAGGGGCAGGGUCAGGGUCGAAGAGGAAGCUGGUGGAGACACAUAUGGUCAAGAUCGCAAAGGCAUAUGUCCCGGCUCAGGCGGAGGAGAGCCAUGCGAACGAUAACCACCUGAAGGGGUAUUAUGAAGAUUAUGAGGAUGCUCGGACCACAAAGUCGCUCUCCAUGUACAAACUCGGCAUGCGCAUCCCCGAAACGGCGCUAACGAUCCAGGAUAGGGACCUCCUCAAAGUCGAGUACAUGUUCGUCAUCAAGUUCUUCUUCAAGGGCCGUAUGGGAGCCUUUCUGGAACUUCCGAUCGAGAUUGUGUCGCAGUAUAACCAUAACCGAAUCUCGACUAUCUCGGGUGCGAUUUCAUGCGUUUCGAACUCUGUCCAGAUUGCGAUGCCGCCGGUGCCGAUUUUGGUGAAGAGGCAUGGUAGUGUGGCAUCUUCUUCGAUAGCUGCUGCGAAGGUGGUUGAGGUGGUGAAGGAAGGCGAGGCGGCGAAGGAGGAUGUGAAGGGAGAGGCUAUUGAAGCAUCGGCCACGUAUUAUCCGGAGAGUGGGAGUCACGGUCAAACGCGCGAUGAUGAAGGAAGAGAGGAGGGUGUGAAGGAGUCCCAGAGCGCGGAGGAAAUUCUAGCCUCACCUAUCAUUCGCCAGGAUGCCAAGGAAGUUACUACUACCGAGUCCAGUCCCAGUUCCAGGGCUACAAGCGCCAGCCUGAGGAGCACGUCCCAAAGCUUUGACAGUUCUUCACAAGACACCUCUUCAUCCAUCGACAAAUCAUCUACUGCCGCAGAAGAACAAGUCGACAGGGCCUGCCAACUCCAAGGUCCAACACCCAGGAAGGACUCUACAGCCUCCAUGGACGACAUCGCCGAGGCUCAAAAGACGGAGGAAGAAGGCAUCCUGGCGAGUUCUCGACUGUCAAAGGCCGAGUUUGCCGCUUGUACGAGUCGGCAGGUUGGACUUGCUGUUGCUCGAUAUAAUCAGAUGUCGUCCAUUGAAACUGCGAGCAGUACAACGAUCGCAGCUGAGUCCGGGUCGGGCAAGGACCUGAAGAGGGCGAUUAGUAAACCAACAUCUGCUGCUGGUGCGGAGGGGGUCCCCAAGAUUGUGAUUGAGUGCGUCAAUACCAAAUCUAGAUCCGGCGGACCUGCGUCCAGCUCAUCGAUUUCUACUUCCAGAUCGAAUUCGACAACGACGACGACGAUGACAACGACUACGGUCGUCUCGCCGGCGCUCCCGAUCUUGUUCGACCUCACAUCUGCAGCUCUACCAACCCCCGCGCCAUCGACUGUAUCACCGCCCAUACCAUCACCUCUCGUCACCCCACAAUCCACUGGUGGUAGUAAUGGUCCCACACCGAUGUCGGUCACACCGGGGGUUCGUAGCAGCAGUAUGGGAGCCGAAAGUAUCGCGACCUCCUCCCCGGUCGCGGAUUCGAUCAAAAACAGCAACAGUUUCCCGCGCUCUGCGAGGGAUACCGAAUCACAGCUGCCGAAACUCUUGCCACUUCUACAGGCCACGAAUACCUCUGUCUACUCGUCCUCAUCCCGAGAAGACGACCACCACCACCACUACUACCACCAUUCUGAAGCGGAGGGCAACAAGUCUACUACCAGCGGACUGGUCGCGAAAAUCGCAAAAUCCCUCUCUUCCCCACUUCUCCGUACCCGCACCGGAACUAACAGCUCCAACAUCUCACCCAAUGGAUCCCAAUCCACCCUCCCCUUACUCUCCCCUCAACACCAACAAUCCUCCGCGUUCACUCUAGCGGCGACGACUCUUUCUGCGCUCACCCUCCUUUCGGCAGUCGGUCAGGCGGCCGUCAGUUCAGAGGGCAAGAAGGCUCCCCAGCCGGCGCCACGGCCGUUAAAGUCCUGUAUCAAGAAACGGUCCUCGGUUCGGCCUCCGGGAUUGAACACCGGCAACUUGACUGCUUCGGGAGGUGGAGGUCAGCACUCGAGGUCGGCCACAUCUAGUCAAGGACAAGGGCAGGGACAUCCGUACAAUGCGAUGGGCACGAACACCAACAGGAAGAAGGUGACAUUCGCGAAAGGGUUGACGCCCGUUCCUUCUCCUACCGGAUCCCAAGUCUUGCUGUCGGAUCCGAUUGUCUUGGAACCCUUCAAGUACAAGAACCAGAACUUGUACCCCAAUACCACAGCGGGAUCAUCAAGCGCCUCCUCUUCCUCCUCCUCUGCUUCGUCGUCGUUGUCUCCCGCCACUGGAGCAGCGACAGUGAAUAGAUUGAAUCCAGUCCAAGGGCUGUCAACAUCCCUGAGGACCAACCCCGGAAUCGCAGCCGCGGCGCUCAUCACCGUCUCUGCACGUCCCAUUGUCCUAACCCCUCACCAUCCUCACCACCAACAUCAGUUCGUACCCGCAAUGACCACUACUACCGCACCAAUUUGGGCACAAGCACCCGCCGGACCAACAAUGAGCCCCAACAAUGCCAGCUCACGAACAAGGAUCCACCACCCCUUCGACAGCCACCCGAGUCGCCUCUCCCCCCUCGAAAAGAAACACCUCGACUUCCAAGUCCAGAUCCAGGACCUCAAACCCUCUUCCUUACACGGUCGCAUCACUGCCUCCAAGGACUUCUCGUCCAAGUCAGUCACCGACAAUGGCAACGAGGACGACGAAGAAGAAGCAGAAGAUGAUGAAGAAGAGGGUGAGGGUGAGGAGGAGGAAGAGUAUGAGGAAGAGGAGGAUGAGAACGAGGAUGAUCAAGAAACAGAGGAGGAGAGGAUCGAACGGAGGAAGCAGGCCCGGAUUGCGUGGUUGGCCAAAUACGGUGACGCAUUUAAGCAGGUCUAUGGCGCCGUUCCAGAGCUCCCUCCUCUCUAG